UCAGAUCUUCACACACACCACUCUCAAUCACGCUUCUAACUGUUUUACCGGCGACCGGAAUGGCCCGUACCAAGCAAACCGCUCGCAAGUCCACCGGCGGCAAGGCACCAAGGAAGCAGCUAGCCACCAAGGCCGCUCGCAAGUCUGCUCCGGCGACCGGCGGCGUGAAGAAGCCUCACCGUUUCAGGCCAGGGACUGUUGCUCUCCGUGAGAUCCGAAAGUACCAGAAGAGCACUGAGCUUCUGAUCCGGAAGCUUCCGUUCCAGCGACUGGUUCGUGAGAUCGCACAGGAUUUCAAGACCGAUCUCCGGUUCCAGAGCUCCGCCGUCUCCGCGCUCCAGGAGGCUGCCGAGGCUUACCUUGUUGGACUCUUUGAGGAUACCAAUCUCUGUGCAAUUCACGCCAAGCGUGUUACUAUCAUGCCGAAGGAUAUUCAGCUUGCUAGACGCAUCAGGGGCGAGCGCGCUUAAACCUUUGCAUUCGAUCUGGAUUUUAUGGCUAGGUUUUGUGUAGAUAGGUUUCUAGUGUGGUUAGACCUAAUUGCUGAGCCUUUUUUUGUUGAUCUUUCAAUUCAAGGGUUUGGUAUUGAUGUGCUUGUUGUGCUAAACGCUUAAUCAAUGAAAUUCCAUUUUGUUCUUCAAA